AUGGCCACCACCACUGCGCCGUCGGUGCAGCAAACGAUCGACCGUCUGAGACUGGAGACGGCGACGCUUGAUGAGAUUAGGGAGAAGGCGAAUGUGAUCCAGUGGGACAAGAUCAAGUCGCCCACUGACCAGGAGGUCGUGCCGUACGAUGACCUUCCUGAAGUUCCCCAAGAUCCAGCGGUGGUGAAGGAGCUGCUGAGCAAGCUGGCGGUGAUGAAGCUCAACGGCGGGCUGGGCACCACCAUGGGCUGCACGGGACCCAAGUCAGUCACGCUCACCCCUUCACCCUCUCAACCUUCGCGCCUGUCGCUUCCUGCUCCUCCUUUAUGUCUACCUACCGUGCUCGGUGCUAACGGUUCUCUUUUCGGGAUUUCAGGUACGUCUGUCCCUCGGAAGGCCAAUCCAAGCCUGUCACCCCAGUUGCGAUCGCGCGUGGACCUGUCGCUGACUGUGCUUUCGUUCUCCUGGCAGACGUUGAACGGCAAGUACGGGUCGAGCGUGCCGCUGGUGCUAAUGGACUCGUUCAACACGCACGACGACACUCUCAAGAGCCAGUACCCGCGGGUGGUGGCGGACGACAACACGCCGUGGCCUGCCAAGGGCCGCAAGGACAAGGCCGCUUGGUACCCUCCCGGGCACGGCGACGUGUUCCCCGCGCUCUGCAACAGCGGCGUGCUGGACCAGCUGCUCGCCGAGGGCAUCGAGUACGUGUUCCUGGCGAACGCGGACAACCUUGGCGCCACAGUGGAUCUGCGCAUUCUCAACUUCAUUGUACAAAACAACAACGAGUACUGCCUCGAAGUGACGCCAAAGACGUUGGCGGAUGUGAAGGGCGGCACCAUCAUCAACUACGACGGCAAGCUGCAGGUGCCCACCCGCUCCAACCCCUCGCUGCACCACCCCCUCGCUGCACCACCUCCUCGCUGCACCACCCCCUCGCUGCACCACCCCCUCGCUGCACCACCCCCUUGCUGCACUGUAUCGGAGUUUAAGUCCAUUGAGAAGUUCAAGAUCUUCAACACCAAUAACAUAUGGCUCAACCUGGCGGCCAUCAAGAGGCUGGUGGAGUCAGACGCCCUCAAGCUCGACAUCAUCCCCAACCCCAAGGUGCAAACCCCUGCUCCCUCUCCCCCUAUCCAUCCCACGUCCCUGCCCCUCUCCCCCUAUCCUUCCCACGUCCCUGCCCCUCUCCCCCUAUCCUUCCCACGUCCCUGCCCCUCUCCCCCUAUCCUUCCCACGUCCCUGCUCCCUCUCCCCCUAUCCUUCCCACGUCCCUGCCCCUCUCCCCCGCCUCACUUCCAUUCCCCCAUCUGUCGCUCUCCAUCCUCUCCCAUCCCGUCUUCGCCAUUGCUCUCCUGCCAUUCCUACCACUCCCGGAUAACAUCUCCGUCACGCCUGUGCGAGGUGGACGGGGUGAAGGUGCUGCAGCUCGAGACGGCUGCCGGUGCCGCCAUGAAGUUCUUUGAUCGUGCCAUUGGGGUGAAUGUGCCUCGCUCACGCUUCUUGCCCGUCAAGGCCACCUCCGACCUCCUGCUCGUCCAGGUGCCUCCAUGCUUCUUCUCCGCCUCCUUCCCUCUCACUCCCAUUGUCAUUCCAAGAGUUGCUGUGCUGGCGCCCACCCACCAACCACCCCUUCACCACUGCCCCCCUCUGCCCCACACCAUGUGCCUGCAAUGCACUUUUCCGCCCUCCCUUUCGUGCCUCUUCUCACCACAUAUUCCAGUCCACACUAGUCCCGUCUCACCCCUGGUUUCCACCUCUCAACCUGUAACUGUACUCCUUUCCAUGACUCGCCUCCUCUCCCCUCCCCCCGUCGUGUGCCGGCAGUCGGAUCUGUACACGGUGGAGGACGGGCUCGUCACGCGCAACCCGGCCAGAACCGCUGCCGCCAACCCCACCAUUGACCUCGGACCCGAGUUCAAGAAGGUGGCGGAUUUCCAAAAGAGGUUCAAGGCCAUCCCCAGCAUCAUAGAGCUGGACAGCCUCAAGGUGUCGGGCGACGUGAGCUUCGGGGAGAACGUCACUCUCAAGGGCAAGGUGGUGAUAGAGGCGCCCAAAGAUGACAAGAUUGUGGUGGCUGAUGGCACUGUGCUGGAGGGAUAG